AUGGUGCGUUCAGUUUCGUCGAGAAUCUACUUACCAAAUUGUUAUCGCCCUCUUCAACACCUCUACAAAACAACACCUCAGAACAACACCAUUUGUAUUCGCUAUCCACCUGAACGAUAUCAAACAACGAACAUGACUUAUGGCAGUUUUCAUUACAAUAAUUGGACAUUUAUUCAAAAGAUUCGAUCAGUUAAAUACACAAAAGAAGUCGCAGCUCGGUAUAAUCAACAAGGAAAGUCUAACAUCAAACGAAAUUGCUCAGAUAAACCUGAUCAUAUACAAUGCUGUUAG